AGGAGGGAAGAUAAAAACCCGAGGUUAAAUAAACCUUUCCAUUUUCCUCUUUUGGAUUCAGAUUUCUUGAAACAUCUUCUCCGUUCUUCUUUGAACAUCGAUAGAUCUCUGCACUGAAAUUUCUCUCAUCUUCUUUCUCUCUGUACCGUUGUGCCAUCACAUUGUGGGUUCUCCCCCUUUCCCCCACUUUGUUUUUUGGGUUUAUUACUGUCGAGGAACAUGCGAGGAAGACAAGAAAUGUGUUAAUUGCAAGCGAAGAAGAAGAAGGGUACUGGGUUUUCUCCAUUACUGCACUGCACCGCACCGCACCGACAGCAAUUUUCUCGUGAGUGGAAGAAAAAUCUUCAGUCUGUAUUCACUUCUUCGGUGCUGUUUGUAUAAAUAGUUUGUUAAGGAAAAUACGAUUCAUUUUUUGGGCGUAAUUUUGGCAUUAUAUACGUCCGUCCCUCUCUUAUUCCAAGUGGGUUUCCGGUGAAACGGAAUGUGGAAAGGGUGGUAAAAUGGGUGGGGUUUUAGAUCUGGUUAGGGAUGGUUUCUUUAACUGAAUCACGGGAAGAGUAGAUGCUAGGUGAAAUUGAUAGCUGAGGAAGGUGGAUUUUUUAGGUAUUGCUGCUGGUAUGCUGUUAGGACAUUACCUCCAUUUGUACUGCAGAUAGGGAAGGAGGAAUUGUCCAUCUUGCUGAGCUUUCUUCUACAUGACGACCACUCAACGAGCUUAUAAGCUACAGGAGUUUGUGGCACAUUCGUCUAGUGUAAACUGCCUGAAGAUUGGAAGGAAGUCGUCUAGAGUUCUUGUCACUGGGGGUGAAGAUCACAAGGUGAACCUUUGGGCCAUUGGAAAGCCCAAUGCUAUCCUGAGUUUGUCUGGUCACUCCAGUGGGAUUGACUCUGUCAGCUUUGAUUCUUCAGAGGUAUUGGUGGCUGCUGGUGCGGCUAGUGGCACAGUAAAGCUCUGGGAUCUCGAGGAGGCAAAAAUUGUUCGUACGUUAACAGGUCACCGUUCCAAUUGCAUAUCAUUGGACUUUCACCCAUUUGGGGAGUUCUUUGCAUCUGGUUCACUUGAUACAAAUCUAAAGAUAUGGGAUAUUAGACGAAAAGGAUGCAUACACACAUAUAAGGGCCAUACUCGAGGGGUCAGUGCAAUCAGAUUUACACCAGAUGGGCGGUGGGUUGUAUCUGGUGGUGAAGAUAAUAGUGUUAAGCUUUGGGAUUUGACAGCUGGGAAAUUGCUGCAUGAUUUUAAAUCUCAUGAAGGCCAAAUUCAGUCUAUAGAUUUUCAUCCUCACGAGUUUCUUCUGGCUACUGGUUCUGCCGAUAGAACUGUUAAAUUUUGGGACCUUGAAACUUUCGAGCUUAUUGGUUCUGCUGGUCCUGAGACUACAGGAGUGCGUUGUAUGGCCUUUAACCCUGAUGGAAGAACUCUUCUCUGUGGUUUGCAUGAGAGUUUGAAGGUUUUCUCUUGGGAGCCCAUUAGGAGUCAUGAUUCAGUAGAUGUUGGAUGGUCUAAACUGUAUGAUCUCAAUAUUCACGAGGGGAAGCUUCUGGGCUGCUCCUUUAACCAGAGUUUUGUUGGAGUAUGGGUUGUAGAUAUAUCGCGUAUUGAACCAUAUACAAUUGAUAGUAUUUCUAGAUCCAACGGUAAUUCAGAGUCGAAGCAAAGUUCAGGUGGGAAUACAACUGUAUUGAGUGAAAACAAUACAAAAAGCAGUCUAGGGAGAUUAUCCACCUCUCAAAAUCCAGACCCCGCGGCUAAGGAAACAAAUUCCCUGGCAAAGCUUUCGAUCACACAAAACCCAGAACCUGUUGCUAAAGAGGCAAAAACUUAUGGAUUGACAGGAAGUGUUCCCUCUACUCCACAAAACAAUAAUUCAAAGACUACUCCAGUUAGUUCAGUAGCAGUUCCUGUCGCAACAGCUCCAAAGAGGAAUACAGUAAAGGUCCAACCAACAACAAUAAGUUCUUCUGUUAUACCUGUGAUAGUUCCACGACACAAUGAGUUGUUUGAUGUGGCUGAAUCUAAGAAGGAAAUUACUGGUGGAAGACCUGUUCCAUUCUCCAUACAGACAAAAAGGUCUGAUUUAAGAAAGAUUUCAAAUGUAAGAGAGGAGCCUGAGAAACCAUCUGCUAUGCAAUCUGAAGUUGAAACGGGUAAGCUAACUGAAUUGAGUUAUAUGGUAGAAAAGAGUAUCUUUCCAGCAGCAAAAGGUUCAAUUUCAGAAAAUGAGGGGAAUGUGAAAGAUGAUAAAUGUACGCCUUCUGGGAGAUAUGGGACGAGUUCAAUGCAGGAGAUGCCUACUGGUUAUCAACAUGGUGGCUAUGGAAAUCGUGCUUAUAGGGGCAAUAGAGAUGCAGUUUCUAUUGAAAGCCAAAAAGGAGGUAGGACAAUUGUUGGUAAUUUGGAGAAACGAGACAGAUUUACUUACUACGAAACUCCCGAUUCUAGCGAUCUCCCAGACACUAUGCCUCUAUUUAACACACAAGGACGUAAUGUGAGAGGGCACCCUUCUCCGGAAAAAGAGACUGUGUCUGCAACUGAUGAAGAUGUGGUUACAGAUAUCGUAGACCAGCAUGAUCAGUUUGUUAGCUCAAUGCAAUCACGUCUAGCAAAAUUACAGGUGGUCCAUAGAUAUUGGAGAAAGCAUGAUUUAAAGGGGGCAAUUGGUGCCAUGGAGAAGAUGAGUGAUCAUGCAGUUCUUGCUGAUGUAGUUAGCUUUCUCAUGGAGAAACCUGAAGCUGUCACAUUGGAGAUUUGCACUUGCUUACUACCGCUUCUGAAUCUCCUACUUGAAAGUAAAAUGGAUAGGCACCAAGGCAUAUCCCUGGAGAUGCUCCUGAAGGUGGUUAGAGUGUAUGGUUCCAUCAUCUUUUCUGCUGUAUCAGCAUCAUCCCCAGUUGGUGUGGACAUUGAAGCAGAGCAACGGCUCGAACGCUGUAACCUCUGCUUUAUUGAGCUAGAAAAGGUUAAACAUUAUCUUCCAUCGCUUAGAAGGAAAGGGGGUUCUAUUGCCAAGUCUGCUCAAGAGCUGAAUCUAGCACUCCAAGAUACAUCAUCAUCAUAAUCCACUUAAGAUGAUUGUGUACAGAUGUGGAAGUUUACAUUCCCAGGCAGAGUGUCUUCAAGAUUGGAUUUGAUAUUACACUUUAUAUUCUUUGUCGCGUUUUUAUUUAUGGCCUGCUAUUGUAGAUUCUUAGCAGUGAAAGUAUUAACUACUAAUGGUGCUAUAAUAGUCUAACAAAGGACACGCGGCAAGCUAAUGGAAGGUUUUUCUUUCUCGUCACAUGCUUGGAUAUCGCAAAUACUUGUUGUUGCCUGCUCCGGUUACUUGUUCUAAUAUAUGAUACUGAGCAUAUAAAUGCAUUUAUUGGAUUUUCUCGAUGAUGUAAGUUUUCUGGAGCUACUAAUAGAGAAAACUCAUUAAAUUCUUGAGGGAGUUUGUUUCCUUCUUAUGAUGUAAUGUCAUUGGUUUGAAGUACACAAUAUUUUUU